GAGAGAGAGAGAGCGGAUCACAGCGGCUCUACGGCCACAGACGAGCGUCACACCGACACAUCCGUCGCGCUUUACGGUGAAACGCUGAGAAGCGCGUCACAGGCCUGCGUUCGCCACCGUAAACCGACACACAUAGCGGAUCGUUCGCGUCUCAUAUGAGGCACACGAGCAGCCAAACCCUUCCAGCGGAAACCGACGAGUGCUUAAUGACAGCGUUCGAGCGACCGACCGAGAAGAAAACGAGGAAAAUACAGAAAUAACGCGCGACUCAGGAGCGACAUUAUAUUCAUUCCGAGGGUUUGAGCUUCCACCUGAUACAAGAAAACCAUGAAAUCCUCCACUUGCAGCACCUGAAAGAGAUUUACACAAUCAAGACACGAUGGAAGAGCCGUACAAAGAUUCUGUAGCCGUAGACAUGGCAAACCCUCAGGAGGAAGUCUGCAACGGCGGAGCCACCGCUACUGAUGCAGUUGGGAAACUCGAAGGAGAGGCCACUCCAAUUAUUCCAGCCGAGGCAUGGAAUGUCAACUCCCCGACCAUCACGAAGCGAUCCCUGUCACCCCUGCUAACACUACAAGCCACCCCGGUGGUGACCCCGGCUGCGGAGUCUCCCAACGGAGUUGCCUUGAAGGUUGCUACAACUGUGCUUCAGCCAAUCUGCUUGGGAGAGAGUCCAGUGGUGUUGCCAAUCCUUGCUGGCCCAGCUGCCCCUCAAGUUGGACAAUCAGGGGCCGCUUCGUACCUAAUGACCAGUCAAGGUCCUGUGUCCCUACCUCUGGUCUUGGAGCAACAAGUCCUCCAACAUUUGAAUCCUCAGUUGCUCCAGCAAACGGCAACUUGUCCUGCCCUGCCGCUGCAGAACAGCAUCCUGUGCCAGAAUCCUUCUCUUGCUCUUGGAGCACCUCCAGUCCUGGACCAGAAAGGCACAAGUCCAGUGUUGGAUACUAGUCUACUGACUCUUCUUCAGAACCCGAACUUUGCAGCAAUCUUGCAAGACCUCUUUCCUGGCCAAGGGAACUCUUCUCCAACUUGUCACCCAGUGUCUUCCCCGCAGGUAGACCUUGCCUCUGCAUUUCUUCCUCCACCUCCUCCACCUCUCUCGCACCCCUACGGCUCUCCGCUAACCCCACUGGUGCCUCCAGCCACCCUCCUUGUCCCCUAUCCCGUUGUGAUCCCGCUUCCGGUGCCUCUUCCAAUCCCAGUGCCAAUCCCAGUCCCCGUCUCCAUGUGCAAGGACUCCAAGGUAGAGGUAGACUCUCCUAAACCGGCUUGUACUUCAAGCAAAAGCACACAGACUUCCCCUAGUGACAUCUCCCCUCAUUUGACGUUAACCAGCAGGGAAAUGGCAGUAGUCCAACAACCCUUUCGCUCUUGCUCAUCCCCGGUAGUGACAGAGGGAGAAGUCCUAGAUUUAUCCAUAAGGGCGCCUCAACCUUCAAUGCACGUUGAUGUUCCUCAAGGGAUCCAGGCGUUUCAACAAGACAGUGUCCUUGAUUUGUCUAUACCUAGUAUAAGAAAGACAUGCAUCCAGACUUGUAGCACAUAUGGGCCGUUGGCCCCGGAUAGGGAGAGGGUUUGCCACAUAGGGGACGAUGUUAGCAGUGGGGCUUUGGCUCUUGGGGUUCUACGUCCGGUAGACUGCACGCCAAAGCUAGAUACCAAGCUGCUAAGUGGUUUAGCAUCUCUAGAGUUCAGCAGACAGCACAAGUGGGUGGUAGACAGCGGUCACGGGAGCACGGUGGCUGGGGCGGUACAUGACUCUGCACUUACCGGAGGCGGCAACAUCGAGAUCGUCAGCACGUCGCAGACUGCCAAAGUCAUCGUGUCGGUCAAAGACGCCAUGCCUGCCAUAUUCUGCAGCAAGCUAAAAGGAUUGUCAGGCGUUUCUACAAAGAACUUUUCCAUCAAGCGUGAUGCCAGUCAAGGGGGCUUCGCUACACUGCCCCGGGUCCCGGGGGAUCAGCGAGGAGAAUCCAGUGACCCGCUCAAAAAGAUCUCUAAAAACAGAGGCAUCAAACUGAAGAAAGUAAGCUCCCAGGAGAUUCACAUACUGCCCAUAAAGAAGCAGCGACUGGCAGCGUUUCUGCCCAGAAAAUAACACAUGCUGCUCUUGCUUUCAAAGUGUGGAGGGAAAACCAAGGACUAAGGUGUAGCUAGAUAAAUAACUACCGUGAAAAAAGCUGGUCUGAGAAAUUUAACCAGGGUAUGAUGCUAAAUGCAUUCCUGGCAGAAAUAAGUCCUAGAGCUUGUUCUCCAAACUGUCCAGAUGAUUUAGACUGAUGUUGGCCGCCACUGGUCUGACGGCUGGCAUUUGAUCCACUCAUUAUAAAGCAAUCAGACAAAGUCAACAGGAAAAUGCUCCAAGUAAAAGAACCAGCUAAACUGCACUACUACUGAUAUUCUUUAGCAUCAAUGCCAGAAUCAACUCCCUUCCUAUGCAUUUUGAUUUCGGUCACACGUCCUCAUGAAUGAUUCAUUACACGUAAUCUGCAUUGUCAUUAAUAUGCAUGAGAUCCGUUUUGAAACCAGGCCAGCUGUCAGUGAGAAACGCAACGUGUAGUACUGACAAAUUCUCCUUGCGCUAAUACGCUUUCGCUGAAUUCUUCCUCUCCUCUCGCUGUUUACACUCUGAGUGCAAGACGUUUCCCAUUUUGGGUCCUAAUGAACUGUAGAAGGGAACCGUGACCUUUUGCUUCCCUAAUCACUGUAUUAAUCAGUGGGGCAUUGGAGCGGAGCAUCCUCUUUGAAGAACAGGAGGGGUAAGCGGUUAGCAUGGCAGCCUGAUAAUGACUUGGCAAAGCCCAGACCUCGCUUUCAUUAGAGUCUGAUGAUUGGAGGAAAUGGUUGUCAGUAGCAACAAAGCAUAGUUUUCAUCAUCCUCCCUUUGGGGGGCAAAAAGCCUCCCACCGCCAGCCCCAAACCAAAUUAAAACUAAAUAAUCAUCAGGGGUUCGUCCCUAACGACAACAAAUCUGAGAGAAAUGGCUUAUUAAUGCUGUUUUUAUGGCCGUGGGUUCAACUCAAUGUCAUUUUUUUAGCUUAUUGAACACACAAGGAGAAUUUCACUUGCAACAGUGUACAGAUUUUAAUGAUCUUUAUAACGAUACCUUCAGUGUUUUAAAUGGUGAACUGCUGACAAUGGACGUGAAGUAUUUAAAAUUAAACAUCUAUCCCUCAGCAAGCAUUAAGAUCAUUUUUCCUUCUCUGGCAAGCCUGGUUUUCUUUAAACAUGUUACUGGUCAUAUUGUGCAAAAUUCAUCAGUGCGUGUUAUUCCCUGUUUCGUGAAAAUGAGAAACUUAGUGGGUGAUGUUGGCAAGGUUGCACAAACAGUUGGCUAUUAUUAAGGCUAUUCAGUCACUGUUUUAAGUUACUCUAUCUUGCAAUUCAAUGCCAAGUAACAUUACAGGAAAAGAACAUAACGAUAGAACAUUUGAAUAUGUGGAGACGCGCUUGAGGGUGAACUUGACCUUCAGUCCCAGUCAAAACGCCUCAUCAAAAAUGUGCUUUGGUGAUAUUUACAAUCCACUGCAAACUCCCCUUUAGGUCUGGCCUCAUUCCCACUCUUUUCAUGAUCAAAAACAAAUCUCAUGUGCCACCUACCAUCUUUCAUUAAGAAUUUGAAUGUGGAUUAUGAAUGCUGAAUUAGUUUUUUUUUUUUUUUUUGCUUUUAUGUGGCUGGUGGUUUGAUUGAUAGCAUGAGGGUGUGUAUUGAACCGCGGGUUUCCACCCUCUCAUUAACCUACUGAUCAUCCCCGCCAGUUUAGUAAUCAACUUAUUAAAACCCAGCUACAGCUGACAGACGCCAGAUCACAAACUGAGUACUGAAUCAGAUAAAUUAGCCCCAUGAGCAUGUUAUUAUUUCAUGUGUCAUCCCACAUCAAAAGAAAAUACACACACACACACAGUGAUACAAUAGGUUAUUGUAAUGUGUCAGUUAUAUAGCUUUCUUACUAAGAUGACUAUAAAAUUAUAUUAUUAUAUUUUAAAUCUCAUUCUCAGUGGUGAUUCUUGUUUUAUUCUUACUGUGAAUUUUUGGUUGACCACAAUUACUGUAUUUUUUAUUAUUAGUAUUAUUUUAAUUUUUAAUUUAGAGCAGCAUUAAAUGCUUUACAUUUUGUGAAUUUGGGUGGAAAACUGUGUUUAUGAUGAAAAUAUAACAAUGCAAAAAAACUAUAACAGUCCUAAAUAUGCACUACCAAUGUUUUUUUUUUGUUUGUUUUUUUUUAACAGAAGUCUCUUCUGUUCACCAAGCCUGCAUUUUUUUUUUCAAAAUACAGCAAAAAUGGUAAAAUUCUGAAAUAUUUUUACUAUUUAAAAUAACUGCUUUCUAUUUCAAUAUAUUUUAAAAUGUAAUAUAUAUUCCUGUGAUUUCAAAACUGAUUUUUUAGCAUCAGUACUGCAGUCACAUGAUCCUUCAUAAAUCAUUCUAACAUUCUGAUUUGCUGCUCAGGAAAUAUUUAUUAAUAUUAUGUUGAAAACAGCAGAGUAGAAAUUUGAAUAAAAUUAUUAAAAAAAUGUUAUAAAUAAUAAAAAAUAUUUCUUAAGCAGCAAAUCAGCGUAUUAGAAUGAUUUCUGAAGGAUCGUGUGACACUGAAGACCGGAGUAAUGAUGCUGAAAAUUGAGAUUUGAUCACAGGAAUAAAUUACAUUUUAACAUAUGUUCACAUUAAAAACAGUUAUUUUAGAUAGUAAAAAUAUUUCAGAAAAUUUCUGAUGUAUUUUGGAUGAAAUAAAUGCAGGCUUGGUGAGCAGAAGAGAAUUCUUUAAAAACACUGAAAAUUUUACUGUUCAAAAACUUGACUGAUAGUGUAGGUUUAAUUUUCUUUCAGCAAAAUCUUAUCAAAAGUUCUUUUGGCUUUUAUUUCUUUUUGAUUUUUGUGCGGUGUGACUUACUGGCAUGUCCUUGACAUGUUUUGUGAAAUUUACCCAAAAUAUCCUUUGAACAACAUGAGUAAACUCAGUAAAUCAAACUUCAUGCAAGUUCACCCCAAGCCUAAAAUCAUCUCCACAGCCAAACUACCAGCUAUUAGCAUUUAUAAAAUGCAGUAUUUAGUUCUGUACCAGUGAUGAAUUGGCUCAGAUGAAAAGCGACUUGUUUCAUGCCACUUUCAACAGAACUGAAAUGAGAUUCUAGACACCCCAUCAGAGAAGAGUCCACAGAAAGAAAAAUGAGCGAGGCAGGAUUUAUUUGACAUGUCAGUAUGAAAUGUGCCGUCUCGUGUUUGCGUGUUUGUUUAUUGGAAUUCCUGCCGAGGGAAAAAUCAGGAAGGCGUCUUUUAUAGUUCACAUUGAGCCAGGAAGGAUUUUCAUGUAGAACUGAAUGAACUUUCUUUUGACAGAUUUCUUCCGUUUUCACAGUACCAAAUACAUUUGAUGAACUGCUGUGCAAUUUUACUCGUUUUUUCAUGUCAGUACUGAAGUGUUUUUAACUCUAAAGCCUCUAAAUGUCCUUCCUCAGUUUUUGUCUCUAUCUAUAUCUAAACAUUCUUAAACCAAGAUGUAUUUACUUGAAAAGCAUCUUAUUUUCAGAAAAUUAAUAUACAUUGCUUCCCAAAAGUUUGGGAUCAGUAAGACUUGUAAUGUUUUUUAAAAAAAAGUCUCUUACGCUCAUCAAGGCUGCAUUUAUGUGAUCAAAAAUACAGAAAAAAACAGUAAUAUUGCAAAAUGCUUUUAUAAUAUAAAAUACUGGUUUUUAUAUUAAUAUGCUUUAAACUAUAAUAUAUUCCUGUGAUCAAAACUUAAAAUCUCAAAAUUCAUCCUUUGAAAGGCUCUUUAAAAUCAGACUUUGCAUUACCAUGGAAAAUGUAGAUCAAAAUCAUAUUACAAAAUGUUUUCAUUCAUGAAUUAUAAAAAUUUAAGUCUGGAUAGUGCAUUUUUAUGUCUGUGUUCAAAGGUUAAAAGGUUAAAAUAGAAAGGUUUUCUAACAAUAUACACUACUGUUCAAAAGUUUGGGGUUGGUAAAUUAUUUUUUUUUUUUUUUUUUUUUGGAAAGAAAUUAACACUUUUAUUGACCAAGGAUGUGUUAAAUUGAUAAAAAAGUGAUAGCAUAGAUUUACAUUGUUAGAAAAGAUUCAUAUUUGGAGUAAAUGCUGUUCUUUUUAAACUUCUUGUUCAUCAGAAUCCUGAAAAAAAAGAAUCACAGGUUCCAAAAAAAUAUUUGCAACAUUGAUAAUUCCAAUAAUAAAUCAGCAUAUUAGAAUAAUUUCUGAAGGAGCAUGUGACACCUAAGACUGGAGUAACAGCAAAUGAAAAUUCAACUUUGUAUCAUGGGAAUAAAUUAUAUUUUGAAGUAUAUUAAAAGAAAAACCAGUUUUUUAUAUUGUAAUAACAUUUUACAAUAUUACAGAUUUUUUUCUGUAUUUUUGAU